UACGAAUAUCGAUGAGUUUGAGCGCAUUGUUGUCACAACAGAUCCAUAUCUCAAACAUCCGAAGCGGACGAUCAAAGCCGGGACUAAAGGCUCAGCAUUUGGUUGGUCUGCAUCUGAUUCGGGACAUCACUUGCGGACAACUCAUUGGCGAUCAGUUCUCCUCCACUGAUAUCAAGUUUAUGCCGAAACAACUCAUUUCCGGCCACUUCUUUGGCGACACCAAAACUGCCGGAAGCGUCACUCUCUUGUUUCAGACAUCGCUUCCGUGUCUUCUUUACGCGAGUGAAACAUCAUAUCUUUGUCUGAAGGGCGGAACCAAUGCAGAAAUGGCGCCACAAAUUGAUUACACAAUUAAUGUAUUGAAACCUAUUUUAGAGCGAUUUGGCGUUUCCUUUGAUUGUGAUGUCAUUCGUCGCGGAUAUUAUCCUAAAGGAGGCGGAGAAGUGAUGUUUACUGUGGAACCGGUCUCUGGAUUGAAGGCCAUCCAAAUGACAGAAUUGGGACAAUUAACCAAAAUUAGUGGAUAUAGUUUUGUGGCCGGAGUUCUGCCCAUUAAAAUGACACAUUCAAUGGCCGAUUCAGCUAUUAAUCUGCUUCGAGAGGCCUUUCCAGGCGUUCCUAUCGAUGUCAAGAGAGUCCACGAAAGCCGAGACAAGGCUUUCGGCAACGGAUCUGGAAUUAUACUCAUCGCCGAAUCGUCGACGGGAUGUCGUGUCUGUGGAUCCGCUUUAGGCAAACAGUCUAUUAGUACGGAAGCGGUCGGUGAGAGCGCAGCCAAAGAUUUAAUAGAAGAUCUGAGUUACGGCUCAACUGUUGACCGUUACCUUCAGGAUCAGAUAAUCAUAUUUAUGGCGCUUUCGAGCGGCAAAUCCAGUAUAAAGACGGGUCCACUCACUCAACACACACUAACGGCUAUACAUUUCGCACAAUUAAUAUCAGGCGCUAAAUUUGAAGUGAAAACAAUUGUCGAAAGCAAACAAUAUAUGAUUGAAUGCGAAGGCAUUGCUUUAGUGAACAAAUUUAUUUAAUUUUUCAAAAAUUUUUUAAAUAAUUAAAAUAAAUAAUAUAGAAAUUGUUUCAAAUAUUAUAUUUUUUAAUAAGAAUAUAUAAUUAAAACCAUUUUUCAAUUUAAAA